AAUAUUUGUUGUUUGCUGCAGUUUGGGAUCUGGACCCAGCCUAUAAAAGAAAUGCCGUUUCUCAGCAACGCUUAUUAUCCCUCGCAAUUUCACUGGGCGAGACCACAGAAUUUCCGGGUGGUGGAGUUCCUGAUAUCAUCGCAGGGCGCGUACCCGGGAACUGGGAUGGGAUUUGGUGCCAUGUCGUUGGGCACUCGCGGGCCAGCUGCUUUCAAAUUCCAGUCAAGGCACGAAGGCGUGGACUGGAGACGGUUUAGCGCCAUUGACGUGGACAGGGUGGCCAGAGAACUGGAUGUUGCCACCCUCCAGGAGAACAUCAUGAGUGUGACCUUUUGCAACCUGGACUCGGAGAGGUGCCAGUGGUGCCAGAACGCCGUGGAUCCGGUCCUGCUGAAGGUUUUCAAACUGGCCCAGCUGAACACGGAGUAUCUGCUCCACUCUCAGGAGCUCUUCACGAGCAGCAUCCAGGCACUGGAGGAGCAGCUGCAGACUGCGAUGGAAGAACUGGAGAAGACCAAGCAGGAGAUGGUCAAACAGGCGGAGGAGCUGAAGGCUGCGAAGGAGGAAGGCAGACGCCGGAAGAAGAUGAUCACGACUCUCCAGCUCCUUGUGCAGGCAGGAGCAAAUAACUAUCACAAGCACAGUACAAAGAGCACCGAGCCAUCGAGUGUUCAAACAGUCUUAGAGGAGGAUGAUGAUGAGGCUCCACCGCCAGCCAUUGCACCACGGCCAGAUUGCACCAAGUCGGAUGUUUAUAUAGAAGUACAAAUCGAUGUAGGAGGUGAGUUGGUAAAGUUGGUGGAAUUUGCAGGUGACCAGGCUGCAAAUGGCCACCACAGUAGAAGAUGA